GUCGCGAGCAAAUGAAGACCAGAAGUGGGGCUUCUUCUGGAAGCCAGAGGAGCUUAAGAGCAGCAGCCGCCGCAUUCUCCGCGAGGGUGUGGCAGCACCUGGCAGCCCCUUCGGUGUCUGGAACAAGAAGAAUCCCGAAAUCGCAGCGCUACCAGGAGACGAGCUGGUUGAAGUGAACUCAGCUGGCCGAUCGCCAGAGGCCAUUGCCAAAGAGCUGAAGGGAUUAAUCGUUUUCUGCGUGUUCCAGCGCGCAGGAAACAUUAACAUCAAGGACAAAUUUCGAGCAGCUUGCAUGCAGUCGAGCGCCAGGGGAGCUGUGCGGCCAAAGGAUCGUUCUUUGUCUGCUGCCGUCGCCAGAGCAGGCAAGGGUGCGCCACCAGCCCCACCUCCCGAUGCUGGCAAUCAAGGAAAAGGCCGGCCUCCGCUCGCACCUCCGGAUGCUGGCAACAAAG